AUCGCGGUUCCUCAGAUCGAUCUGAUCGAGAUGGCGGAAGAACAGAGAUGCCAGGAGGGGCACCGGCUAUGCGCGAACAACUGCGGCUUCUUCGGGAGCCCGGCGACGCUCAACCUCUGCUCCAAAUGCUAUCGCGACUACCGCCUCAAGGAGGAGCAGGCCUCGUCCGCCAAGAUCGCCGUGGAGAAAUCCCUCGCACCCUCCUCUCCCUCUUCUAGCUCCCCCUCCUCGUCCACCGUCGCCACCGUUACUGUGACGGGUCCUGCCGGAGAGAUGAGGAGUCCGGUGGCCCCGACGUCGCCGGCUGCGGCGUCGGCCUUGCAACCGAGCCGGUGCACGGCGUGCCGGAAGAGGGUGGGGCUGACGGGGUUCAGCUGCCGGUGCGGAGCGACCUACUGCGGGGCGCACAGGUACCCGGAGCAGCAUGGUUGCACCUUCGACUUCAAGGCGGCCGGCCGGGAGGCCAUCGCCCGAGCCAACCCCGUCGUCAGGGCGCACAAGCUCGACAAGAUCUAGAUCUCUCUCCAUCACUCUCUUCGUUCGUAUUCGAUCUCGUCCGUCCAUCAGUCCAUCCGGCUGUUUCCUUAUUGUUUAAUCGACGGGCGUGCUUGAAGGGACGCCGGGAUUUCCGUGUGGGUGUUGGCUUGUGCUUUUCCUGAUUUUAUUUUUCUUUUUCUUUUUUAACAAAAUGCAAGAUAGAUCUAAAGUCCCAAUGUAAACGAUUGAAUCACGGUUAUUUUAGUAUUUUCGUUUGGGUUUUAAAUA